AUGUUCCGUCCAGUGGCCCCGCGCACCGAGGAGUUCGUUGGUACAGGGCAGGAGCAGCAUCCGCCCGCCACCGAGAGGCCACCAAGCAGGAGAAGUGUGCAGCCGGCCACUUCGGACCCGUUGGCCAGCUCAACGAUCAUGCGGCCCGCCACGGAAAGGCCAACGUCAAGAGGGUCAUCCGUGAGCGAAGUGGACGAGUUAGUGCGGAGAGCUCGGUACGCCAAGCGUGAGCUAGCGGCCGUGAUGAAGGAGCUUGGCGACAUCGUCAUUGACUCAGCGUCGUCUAUCGCAGAUGAGCUCGACGACGAAUACAGAGCGAUGGACGUUGAAUGUGAAGAUGCGCGCGCGCGAAGCGCGCCAGGCGAGCAUGGCGGCAUACUAGAGAAAGUGCGCCAUCACGAACAGAUCCGCCAUCGCGGUUUAAGUGCUGCAGCCGCACACUCCAAUGUAGCGCUGGAAGCGGAAUUCAAACGGAUCGACGAGCAGUGUGAGCAACGAAUGCUCGAAGAAAAAUUGCGCGUCAUAGAGGAGUGCGAAAAGCGUCGGCAGGAGGAAAAACGACGCCUACUUCACGCCUCACUCCGGCAGCCUACGCGCGUCACUGCGAGGCAGCCGGAACCAGCAGUAAACGGAAGCCACUCCGAAAGCUUCGAGCUGCUGAACCAAAGCCAACUUUCGGCAAGAAAGUGCACGAGCCGAGAGUUGCCAACGUUCUCCGGGGACCCGCAGGAGUGGUCGGUGUUUAUUGCCAAUUAUAAACACUCUACGGCCAUCUGCGGGUACACCAACGAGGAGAACUUACUUCGACUUCAGCAGUGCCUUAAGGGGAAGGCACGGGACGCCGUGGAAAGUUGCUUAUACCAUCCGUCAAGCGUACCGGAGGCAAUCGACAUCCUGACAGAGUGCUAUGGCCGCCCGGAGCUCAUUGUGGAGUCGUUGAUGACCAAAAUUCGACGGAUGCCACCACCAAAGGACGACCGAUUUGACACCCUGGUCGAUUACGGUGUCGCGGUCAGGAACCUGUGUGCGGCGAUGAAGAGCUGCGGUCUACAGGAGUAUCUCAGCGGAGGAUCGCUGUUGAACGAGCUGGUGGAGAAGCUGCCACCGACGGUGAGGCUGAACUGGUUUUACCAACGGAACAUCAACGGGGGGGCAACACUGUUGGCCUUCAACGAUUGGAUGAAGGAGCUAGUCAGCGCAGCUUGCCAGGGUGUUAAGCCAAUCUCCCGGGACUUACAACGCGAAGGUGGUGGUCGCUCAGGCCACCCGCGUAAGUACGCUAACGUAAACGUCCAUGUCUCAGGUCAGUCUGCAGAGCCCGUCACCGUAAAUCAUGGGGAACCCUGUUCCGCGUGUUCAGGGAAGUGUUCCAGUCUGGCAGAGUGCGGCAAAUUUCUCGGCAUGGACGUCAAUUCGAGAUGGCGGCACAUCAAGACCCACGCCGUGUGCAGAACCUGCCUGAAGAAACAUCCGCGUUACUGUCGUGUGGAUGUGUUGUGCGGUGUGAACGGGUGUAACCGACGGCACAACAAGCUGCUCCACGACGAGGAUUUUGUACGAGAACGCCAGUCGGGCAGAGCCGCCGAGAAAACGAUGAGCUGCAACCUCCACGUUGGUCCGUAUGAUGGUGUGCUCCUCAAAUACAUCCCCGUGACGCUGCACGGAAAGGGUAGAACCAUCAAUACGCUCGCACUGUUGGAUGACGGUUCGACGGCGACCUUUAUGGACCACUCGUUGGUGGAAGAGCUGGGUCUUGUCGGACAACCCCGUCCGCUCUGUAUCUCCUGGACGGGAAACCAAGGACGUCGAGAGGAGCAAUCGGUUGAAGUGUCACUAAAAAUCUCCGGAGUUGAAAGUUCGGCAAUUUUCGACCUUCACUCAGUACACACCGUUGCCAGCUUAAGUCUGAGGAAGCAGUCGGUUGCGCCCUCGGUCAUAAGCGAGGAGUACGAGUACCUCAAGGGACUUCCGCUGCGUGGGUACACCGCCAAGGCUCCACGAAUCCUUAUCGGGGUCGACAACAUUUUCGUUGGACAGGCGCUGAGAACCGUGGAACGAGAGCCGAACGAACCAGCCGCUUCAAAAACUCGUCUCGGUUGGGUGUUGUAUGGGCCAUACAAACAGUCCGGCUCUAAAGAGGUAAAGAUGGCAUCGGUAAAUGCCCACAUCUGUCCGUGUAACAAAGAAAGAGAUGAUAGAAUAAACAUGGCAUUGAAAGACUACUUCACGCUAGAGUCACUUGGAAUAUACCGACCGACUACAAGUUUACGUUCGCGGGAUGAGGAACGCGCGCUGAUGUUGCUUGGAACCAGCGUUCACUUAAAGGAUAAUCGCUAUGAGGCUGGUCUGCUGUGGAAGUACGAGGAUGUUAAGUUGCCUGAUAGCCGAGCAAUGGCCCUAAAGCGACACGAGUGUCUCGAAAGAAAAUUGCGAAGAGAUCCCGACCUGGCUAAAGCAAUGCACAACAAGAUCGUGGAGUACGAGCAGAAAGGGUACGUCAGAAAGCUCACUCCCGAGGAGCAGGUUACUCGAACGCCAAACGACUGGUACCUGCCGAUCUUCCCGGUGACCAAUCCGAAUAAGCCUGGGAAGAUUCGAGUAGUGUUCGAUGCGGCGGCAAAGGCGAACGGAGUAAGCCUAAACUCCAUGCUACUCACCGGCCCGGACCAAUUGGUGAGUCUACUCAUGGUCCUGUUUAAGUUCAGAGAGUACAAGGUGGCAGUGACGGGAGAUAUCCGCGAGAUGUUCUUCCAGGUAGACAUGAACCCUCGCGACCAGCGCAGCCAAAUGUUCUUAUGGAACGACGGGAAACUCGGUAGCGACCCACAGCAUUACGUACUACAAGUGAUGACAUUCGGUGCCGCGUGUUCACCCAGCACCGCGCACUACGUCAAGAACGUAAAUGCGGAAAGGUUCGAGGCUACACUACCCAAAGCUGUGGAGUGUAUAAAGUACGAGCAUUACGUGGACGACAUGCUCGCGAGCGUAGAAACAGAGCAAGAAGCCAUAAAUCUAGCCCGUGACGUCCAGUAUAUACACUCCCAAGGCGGGUUUGAGAUACGGAAUUGGCUGUCCAAUUCCACCACGGUGAAAAUAUUAUUGAAUGGCAACGAGAACAACGGAGUGGACAUUCCUGUCGAGAGCGAAAUGACGACGGAAAAGGUCCUUGGAAUGUGGUGGAACACAGCGACGGACGUGUUUACGUUUAAAAUAUCCCCGAGGUACGAUCCACGAGUGUUGCUUGGUGAGCGAGCACCUACGAAGAGGAUAGUACUAAAAACGCUUAUGGCAAUUUAUGAUCCCUUGGGGCUAAUAGGAAACUUCCUCAUGUAUCUGAAGAUACUUCUACAGGAGUUUUGGCGCGCUAAGAGCCCAUGGGAUGACGAGGUUAUCGGACACCUCGCCGUUAAGUGGCAAAUCUGGGUAACCGCGUUGCCCAAUGUUCAAAGAGUCAGCGUCCCAAGGUGUUAUCGGAGUAAGACGACGGCCAACGCAGAAAGAGUAGAGCUCCACAUGUUCUGCGACGCCAGUGAAAAUGGGGCAUCAGCCGUCGCCUACCUACGAUUCGAGGAAAACGGUGUGAUCGAGUGCGCCCUAGUAGGCUCAAAGACGAAGGUGGCCCCUAUUACGUUCGUUUCCAUCCCACGACUCGAACUUCAGGCCGCAGUCAUAGGUGCCCGCUUAGCAGAGACGAUACAGUUAUCCCACCGAAUUGCUAUAACUCACCGAUUCCUCUGGACGGAUUCGCGCACCGUUAUGAGUUGGUUGCUAUCCGACCAUCGCCGAUACAGCCAGUUCGUGGCAGUUAGGGUCAGUGAGCUACUAGAUACUACAAACCCGGAAGAGUGGAACUGGCUAUCUACACGGCUCAACGUAGCGGACGAAGGAACAAAAUGGCAAAAGCCACCAGACCUCAGCCCCUCGAGUAGGUGGUUCCGUGGGCCUGAUUUCCUAUGGGAACCAAAGGAUCAGUGGCCCAUAGUCGAACAAAAACCCGGAGAGACAAGCGAGGAGAUUCGACAUAGCCUGCUACAUCACACGGUCACGACGCCAAAUAUCGAGUUCACCAGAUUCUCAAAGUGGCAACGGCUACUAAGGGCGGUAGCUUAUGUAUACCGCUUUUUGGGAAAUUGCAGGAAGGGCAUAGCCAAAGAGCAUAAGCAACUUGAUAGCCUGACGCAUGAAGAGCUGGAGCGUGCAGAAAACGCAAUUUAUCGAGAUGUACAAAGAUCUGAGUAUGCCGACGAGAUACAUGUACUCAGCAGUAAAGAAUGUGUGAAGCACCCUUGGAAGCGACCACUGCAGAAAUCGAGCCCGCUGUAUAAGCUAAGCCCGAUGCUGGAUGUGAAUGGAGUGCUACGCAUCAAAGGCAGGAUCGAGAAAUGUGUAUGGGUCGGCGAGGAUACCAAGCGCCCCAUAAUUCUCCCCCGACGGCACUACGUCACUGAACUGCUGAUUCACAGUUACCACAGCAAGUACAAGCACGCCAAUCACCAAACAGUCGUCAAUGAGGUCCGCCUUAAGUAUCACAUCCCGCAGCUCAAGGCCACGUACAACCAGUGGUGUGGAUACCUGUAUGAUUUGGUAUAA